GUCGACUUUUCCCCAGCAUGAUCCCAUCGCCCCUUCGCUGUCCCAUUGGGGCUUGCCUAGUUUUAUAGCCCAGCACCAGCAGUGGAGGUUCGGAUUCUAACUAGCAGGAUAAGCAGCAGCUAAUGUCACAGAUCGAAGGUGAAGCCGAAGCUCUAAACUACGCAGAAUGAAUCCCGCAACCUAAACCAUUCCGCCGCACGCAUCUCACCACCGUUUUCCUCCCCCUCUCUCCAUCACCAUAUGCUCCCGUGUCGCGUUCUGCUGUCCAGGAACGCGUAUCUGCCACCGACUUCACCUGCUGCUGUUGUUGCUGUCUUUGCUGCUUCUGCUGCUUGCCUCGCCUCGAGCUUUUCUCUCCUCUCCAUCUCCCCCAGGACUCACCCGAACAGAUUCCCUAUAUCUAACCCGCGUCGCUUCUCGACGAUGCCACCCAAGCAGAAGCGCAAGUCGGCACCCGCUGCAGAGUCCAGCGACUCGGGAAGGAAGAGGAUCAAGACGGACGAGGAGCAGAAUGGUGGAGAUCGAGAUCCUUUGCGCCGGCCGCACCCGUUUCACACAGACGCCGAGAAGCACGGCAUCGUCCUCCGCAAGUUCUACCCUCACGAGAUGAGCAACGACCGCGCACGCGCCUACAACAAUGACGAACUCCCCAAACCCAUCCAAGAGCUCACCUCGGCGCUCGAGGACACGUCCACGGCGCGAAAGGCCGUCAAACCGAAGAAGGCCGUCGUGCACUGGUUCAAGAUGGACCUGCGGACGGCAGACAACCGAUCGCUCUCCCUUGCGAGCGAAAAGGCCAAGGAGGCAGGGGUUCCGCUGAUCGCCAUGUUUAUCAUCAGCCCCCAGGACUACGAGGCACACCUCACGGCUCCCAUCCGCGUCGACUUUAUGCUGAGGACCCUGCAUGUUCUGAGGGAGGACCUGUCUAAGCUGGACAUCCCGCUCUAUGUCGAGACGGUCGACAAACGCAAGACGAUCCCUGACAGGAUCGCAGAGCUCAUGGAUCAAUGGGGGGCCAGCCAUUUGUUUGCCAAUAUGGAGUACGAGGUCGACGAGCUCCGACGAGAGGCCAAGAUGGUCCGCAUGUUUGCCGACAGGGGCCUCUCGUACGAGGUCCUGCACGAUACGUGCGUCGUGCCUCCCGGCCAACUCGCCAGCGGAACAGGCAAACAGUAUGCCGUCUACUCUCCCUGGUUCCGGACCUGGGUCCGCCAUGUUCAUGAGAAUCUGGACCUCCUCGAGCUCUACGAUCCGCCCGCAAGGAACCCUUCCAGCGCUAGGGAGAGCUUCAGCAAGCUGUUUGACGCGGAGAUCCCGGACGAGGUUGCGGGCCGGGAGCUCGACAACGAUGAGCAAAAGAAGCGCUUUCGUGCCUUGUGGCCGGCCGGCGAGCACGAGGCGCGAAGUCGCUUGGAGAAGUUCUGCGAGGAAAAGGUCGGCCAGUACCACAACAAACGCAAUAUCCCCUACGAACCCGGGACUUCGAACCUCUCAGUGCACCUUGCCAGCGGAACCAUCAGCUCGAGGACCUGCGUGCGGUAUGCGCGUGACCGGAACAAGACCAAGAAGCUCGACGCGGGCAUCGAGGGGAUCCGUGUGUGGAUAAGCGAGGUGGCCUGGCGGGACUUUUACAAGCACGUCCUGGUGAACUGGCCAUACGUCUGCAUGAACAAACCCUUCAAGCCCGAGUACGCAAAUAUCGAAUGGUCUUACGACAUGGACGACUUCAAGGCCUGGUGCGCCGGCAGGACAGGCUUCCCCAUCGUCGACGCCGCCAUGCGCCAGAUGAACGCAAUGGGAUGGAUGCAUAACCGGUGCCGCAUGAUCGUCGCCUGCUUCCUUGCAAAGGACCUCCUCAUUGACUGGCGCAUGGGCGAGCGCUACUUCAUGGAGCAACUCAUUGACGGCGACUUUGCCUCCAACAAUGGCGGCUGGGGCUUCUCCGCCAGCGUCGGUGUCGAUCCCCAACCCUACUUUCGGAUCUUCAACCCACUGUUGCAGAGCGAGAAGUUCGACCCCGACGGCGAGUACAUCCGGAAGUGGGUGCCUGAGCUCAAGGGCGUCAAGGGCAAGGCCAUUCAUGACCCUUACGGCCGUGGUUCCGGAGCGCAGACGAAGAAGGCCGGGUAUCCUGAGCAGAUUGUUGAGCACAAGAGCUGUCGUGAGCGCGCCUUGUCUGCGUACAAGUACGGUAUCGGGAGAGACGACUUGUAGCACGGAGGCUGUCAAGGACUUGGAUGGCGAGAAGAGAGAAUCAAGUAAACAGUGUAUAACACCAAGAGCGUCAUCGGAGUUGUGGUUCGGGGAUGCCAAUCAUGUCCUUGACGGGAUUUCCGGCAAAGUUCUUACAGUUCCUACAGUUCCUACAGUUCCUUUAUCCUCUAAUAGAUAAUGGGAGCGCCGACAAGCCGGCCCAUGUCUGAGUCGCGGCCCUACGAACCGUGUAAGGGUCACGCCAUCUGUCCGUUGAAUGAGAGCCUGCGGGACGUCGGACAUCUGAACCGGACGUGACCGGAACAAGAUCGUCGGUUCACCCCUGUUCUCCUCGCAACAGACCGGCGGUGGUUGAGCGCGGUUGAGUCUGUAGUGUAGGAUGUGGCAAAAACACCCCCAACAAUCACAUUGGCUCAGGAAUCGAGAGGCCAAGCCAGGAACUACCGAUGGCUUCCCGAGGAUCAACGGAAACCGAGUGCUACGAUCUCCGGGUUUUCGCCUUGACGAUGACGAGUCCAGCAUAACCCCAUGUUCGAGAUUGGCGUCGUGUCACCACAGAAAGCAGUUGAAAACAGCUUGUAGGCCCAGCCCAGCAAGGACGGGACUGGGCGGGAACCCCAAGGAGGUCACAGCCGGGCUUUGCUGUCCCUCGAACCGUUCCAACCUCAUUUGCAGCUUAGGACUCAAGUGGUGGAAACAGCCGCGGGAACCAUAUUAAAAUCUCUGGUUCCGACAAGCAUCCGGGCCGUGGUCAUGUGUUUAUAAAGUGCGCGCCCGACGGGCUCGAUGCAACCUCGGAGGCUGAGACUCCGGCCCAAUUCCCAACUCCCAAUUCCAAAAUAACCCCCUUCUCCGAGGCCGCGAAUCCCGUUUUCCCGGGCUCGGAAAUUGAAGCCCCCCGCCCAUUGGUCGCAUUGCCCAGUGGUCACCUGCCUCGAUCCCGGUUGGGUAGAGGAUGCGAUAUCAGUAAGCCGGUCCGACGUUGCCCAUCCUGCUCGCAAAGCGUCAGCGGCAUAUUUGCGGCUCUAAACGUGCCGGCCUGGAAAGAGAAACCGACCGGGAAUCCCUGGUGAUCUCUCGCUUCACACGGGUGGUCGAGCCGACGAUAUAGGCCGAUGUUGAGCACGAUCACGUCCAGAUGACCUCUGGCAGACUGGUAGCGAGCCGCGAAGCUCCUGCAACCCUUCGGGAGCCUCGCAUCCUCGACCGUGAAAGGGGAAAGGCGCCACGGAAUGGAGGUCUCCAUGGGCAGAGGUCACAUCGCGAAGCGGUCCGAGGAAGAGUGGCGGCGCCAAGGAGUACUCGUCCGCAUCUGAUGUAUAAGAAUGGCAGCCAAGGCCAUGUGCCGAGACAAUCUUCUUCCUGCC